GGGAUUGUUUUUCCUUUUACUGGUUGGGGGCGGAGCGUCUCCCUCAGGUAGGCGUAGUUUAGUCUUCUGAUGUUGGUCUAGAGAAGGAUGUCGAACUUGCCCGACGUAGACCUACCUACUUGAAGAUUUCUCCUUUAGCCCUCGUUCGCUUCCAUAGCCCCUUCCUUCUGCUUCCUCGGGAGCUGCAGCAUCUUUGUGCAGCCUCUUCCCCAACGGGUGUGGAGAGACUGGGCCACAGACAGUGCCCAGGGAUACCAGGCGGAUUCUGUUUAAUUUACAUUUCUAGUUGAUGAUGUCUUCCGGAUUAAACAUAUGGAUGUAUAGUAUCUUUUUUGUGCUGCUUUGUGUGUGUUAUAAAUCUCCUGCAAGAAAUAGAGACACUCUAAUGGAACUGAGUCUUCAGGAAUAUUUCAGCAUUUUGCAGACAGGAAAAACCUCUCUAGUUUAUUUUAGUCAAGAUGUUUCUGCAGAUAUUACUGUAUUUCUUGAAGAAUUGAAAAAAGCAGCUGGACCUCUUCAUAAUUACGGGAUUUCAGUUGCAAAGGUUAAUUGUGCUGAAGAAGAGGCAUCAAAAUACUGUGGAAAGGAAAAUGAUUUGACAAAAGCAUAUUUAUUCCGAGGUAACAUACUACUCAGAGAAUUCCCAACUGAUACUUUGUUUGACGUGAAUGCCAUUAUAGCUAAUGUUCUCUUUGCACUUCUAUUUAAUGAAAUAAAAUACAUUACUUCACUAGAGGACUUUGAAAAUAUAGAAAAUGCUAUGAAGGGAAAAACAAAUAUUGCCCUCAUAUAUGUGAGAGCAAUUGGAACACCAGAACAUAGAGCAGUAAUGGAAACUGCUUUUGUAUAUGGUACUGCUUAUCAGUUUGUAUUAACUACAGAAACUGCCCUUUUGGAAGGAAUUGGGGCUGAAAACUCUGAUAUAAUAUCUGGAAGGCUUUUCUUCUUUCACUGCAAACUUGUCUUAGACUUGGCUCAGAAGUGCCAAAAGACUGUAUUAGAACAGCCAUUGACUAUAUUAAACAUUCAUCGAUUUCUCAAGCUGAUGGAUGCACCUUUGUUGACCGAAAUUACUGAAGAUCCUGAAAAAGUUUCGACUGUUCAUCUCCAACUUGGUUUACCACUGAUUUUUAUUCUUAGUCAACAAGCCACCUAUGAAGCUGAUAAGAAAACUGCAGAAAUAGUCGCUUGGCGCCUCCUAGGAAAAGCAGGAGUCACAUUAUUGUUAAAGGACUCCUCAGAUUUGAAUAUUCCAGCUCAUACCAAUGUGAUCUUCAAAAGAGCAGAAGAGGGAGUACCAGUCGACUUCUUGGUUUUACAUGAUGUUAACUCAAUAAUAUCCCGGGUGGAAAAUAAUAUACCUAUCCAAAAUAAUGAGCUAGCUAAGGACUAUGAAGAAGGUGAAAUGGAGACUCUAAAUCUAGGUAUUCAGGAUGAUCAAGUGGUCGAAACAGUUUACAGAGACAGAAAGAGAAAUUUACCUUUGGAACUGAUAGUAGAACUAACUGAGGAGACAUUUAACAGCAUAAUAAUGAAUACUUCUAGCAGCAUAAUAUUAUUUUAUGCUAAUUGGGAAGCGGUGUCCUUGGCAUUUUUGCAAUCCUAUGUUGAUGUGGCAAUCAAAUUGAAAGGAGUGUCCAAUAUAUUAUUUACUAGAGUCAACUGUGGAGAUUGGUCUAAUGUCUGUACAAAGCAAAAUGUCACUGAAUAUCCUGUUAUAAAGAUAUUUAAGGAAGGAGAGAAGCCAGUAAUUUAUACUGGUAUGCUAGAAACGGAGUAUCUCCUAAAAUUCAUAAGAUUAAACGGAAUUUCAUGUCCAGUGAAGAUAGUGACUAUUGAAGAAGCAGAAGAAUAUUUAAAUGGAGAAUUAUAUAAAGAACUAACAUCCUAUUCUAGUGUAUCAAUUCUGGGAAUAUUUAGCUCAAACAUGACAAAAGAAAAGGAAAAUUUCAUUGAAGCAGGAAACAGUCUAAAAGGUUAUGUUAUCACAGGAUUCUAUGAUGAAGAAGAUGCUUUGAUCCUGUCAAAGAAAUAUGCUGUGACUCUUCCAGCACUACUGCUUGCCAGACACAAAGAAGGGAAAAUAGAUAGCAUUUUGCUCCCUAAUUCUGAUGCUAAGGAUAUAGUUCAAAUAAUAAAAAGUGCAUUGUUGGAAAUAUUUCCAGAAAUAACAGUGGAAAAUCUUCCCAUCUAUUUAGGACUUAAGAAACCAUUACUCAUUUUGUUCAGAGAUGGCAAUUUAAAUUACAAGGAUGAAAUAGAAAUGUUACAUCUGGUAAAGCAAAAACACCUGGAAACACUCAUCCCUUGCUGGUUAAAUCUUAAGACUACUCCUGUGGGGAGAGGAAUACUGAAAGCUUACUUCAAGCAUCUGCCUCCACUGCCACUUCUUGUUUUAGUGGAUCUCCAUUUACGGGGUCAAGUAUCUGCAUUUCCAUUGGAUCAAACCAUAAAUGAAAAAAACAUUUUGUUAUGGCUUCACAGAGUAGAAGCAGGAUUAGAAAGUCCUAUCACAACUUUAUCUGAUGAAGAAUGGAAGCCACCUCUUCCUGCUUACAAUUUUCUUAGCAGGAUGGAUGCUACGGUUCCCUACACAGAAAUUGCCCAGUUUCCUACACAGAAUAUGCUUAGAUGUGCAAGAACAACUGAUCCGCAACAGCAUGACAAGGGACAUUCUGAAGAUAAAUCUGCAUUCAGAAAGGAAGCUACUUAAACAAUGAAAAUGAAGCGCUGGAAAAAGAACUCCCUUUAAAAGAGCAAGAAAGAUGUUUAAACAUGAUAAUAAUGAUUUGUGAUUUUCAAAAUUUAGUUAACUGCAGAAUUUUUGGAAAUAUGUCAGAGGCUUCUUGACUAAUCUAACAUUUGAGUAUAUUACCUUAAUUAAAAAUUAUAACUGUUUUAAAGCCCUGGUUAAAUUUAUAUUCCUUAGAUUAUAUAUUCAUUUAACUUAGUUCUAGUCACUGGAAUGUCCCAUCACACUGCAGAUCAGAUAUUUAUCAUUAAAUGAUCUAUUUAAUUUUA